CUAUAAUUCCAGUUUAUAUCACUCACUGUAUCUAUCAAUUUAUGACAACUUCGCUGUAUUUUUAUAGUGUAUAAAUAAUUUAUUAGAAUAUUUUUCACACAUGGAUUUGGAUCUUCACAGGGUGGAUUACUUGCAGGUCGCAGUUACCGGAAAAAAUUGCAUGAAAGUUUUACCCAACAAUGAAAAAUCAAAAAGAAUUUUGCAGAAAGUUGUAGUUGCGGACAAGAGCGGGGUUGUUACUUGUUUUGGAUCGAAAAAAAGAGAUAUUUCUAAUGUUUUCAAGACUUUGCCAGGAGAACCAAACAAUUUUCUGGAUUUGGGUGGUGCAUUAGGAACUCCGCAAGAUAAAAUAUUUGUUGCGUCUGGUUCUGUUGUGCACGGCUACUCAAGAAAAGGAAAAAAGUUUCUAGGAUUUGACACAAAUAUUACAGAAAACAUAAAGUGCAUUUGUGUGAGCGGAAGUGACCUUCUCAUUGCAGGAGAAUAUAUUUACAAUCAUUUUUGUGAUUGCAUUGACAAAGGAUAUUAUCUGAGCAGCGAUAAAAUAAAUGAUAUCAUAUGUAUUCCUGUACUUCGAAAAGAAGGCGACAAUUUCACACCAAUUCUAGCUUGCAACGACAGAUUACUUCGUGUUCUUGAUGGUACUGAGCUACGAUAUGAAAUAGAAGUAGCUGGUGUUCCACAAUGCAUAGUUCCUUACCUUGGUAAUGGAGGUGAAGACGGAAAUGAAAUAAUAUAUGGGACUGUAGAUGGAACGAUUGGCCAUAUUGUCGUUGGCAGGGAUGAACCCAAUCAUACAUGGGAGCUACCUAAUGAUAGAAAUUUAGGUGGGGUAUCCUGCUUGGCACAUCAUGAUAUGACUGGGAACGGAACGCCUGAUCUUUUGGUGGGAAGAGAAGAUGGCACAGUAGAAGUUUAUAGUUAUGAUAUUGGCGAAGAACCAACGUUAAGAUAUUCUCAUACAUUCAACGAAAGCAUUACUGCCAUACAAGGAGGUGUCAUUGGAGCAACUGGGUUUGAUGAAAUUGUCUUGCUCACUUAUUCCGGUUGGAUAAUCGGGUUGACAACAGAACCCCCAACCAAACACAUUGGAUCAUCUCGCUCUAAAAGUCUGUCUUCUUCAACGAAUGAGCAAGAAGACCAAGAAAAUUUACAAAAAAUCAAUGAAAUCAAAUCAGAAAUAGAAGAAUUGCAGAUGAAGGUUGCUUCUGAAAGAGACAAAUACAGGAAAAGAGCAACUCAACCUGUUGACAAGAACGAAUUGCCAACAAUGUCUCGUGCUGCAAUAUUUCAUGUGAAAGAUAGGUUUGUUCUAUCACCUUCUGAUUCAAGUUAUAACCUAAGUAUUGAAGUCCAAACACCAAUCGACCACAUAGUAUUACAGAGUGAUGUUCCGAUAGAUAUUUUGGACGUUGCUAAAAACUCAGCAGUUGUUUCAUAUACCCCAUGUACAUCUGGUCCACCUUCAUCUACUGGUGGAAAUUAUUCUGAUGUCAACUCUGGGAAUUUUCUGCUUGCUACCUACAGAUGCCAGUCUAGCACUACACGACUUGAGCUAAAAGUUCGAUCGAUUGAAGGUCAAUAUGGACUUCUGCGAAUGUACAUCACACCACAACUUCAACCAAAGACUUGCAUUGUUAGAGAAUUUGUCAUCAAACCUCUUUCACUUCAUCAAAGAAGCCAUUUUAUUGAUGAUAACAGGCCAAUGAAUGUGCUUAAAUUGACCGGACCAUUUAGCUUGGCAGAAAUGCAUUCAUGGGUUGCAUACAGCUUACCAGAUGUACCAGACAGAACACCAACUGAUGAUGUUGCCACAUUCAGCUUUGUGAAUACCUUUUUGGACACUGUUCUUGAAUGUACUUACAAGAAAGGUGAAGGAAUAUUCAAAUCUGAUAAUAUUUCCACCAUAUCAAUUUUGAAAGAUGUUUUAACAAAAGAAGCAACAGGAAGAAAAAUUAAUUUGAAUAUAAAUUACGAUUUCAAUCAGUCAUCUAUUCCACAUACUUUAAGUUUAAUUCACCCUAAAUUGGAUUACCAGUUGAUGCUAGCCAAGAAGGUUCAACUCAUUGAUGCAUUAAAGGAAUUACAAGUCCACGAAGGUAACAUUGAUUUUCUAGCAGCAGAAUAUCAAAUGAUACUUGGGGACAGUGAGAUGUUAAAAGAGGAAUUCAAAAAACAACCCGCACAUUUGGAGAGAUUAUAUGGCAUGGUCACUGAUCUCUUUAUUGACAAGUUUAAGUUCAAAGGUGUCAAUGUUAAACAAAAAGUUCCACAACUUCUAGAAACUUUGGACAAUUAUGAUCUUUCAACAUUGAUAGAAUUCUUUGAAACUGCAACAGUAUGACUUCACAUCAUGUUUAUAAUUAGAAAGCAUUUUAGUAUUCCACAGCAGCAAGAGAACAUUCCAUCCCGUGAUGUGGACCCACAUUUAAUAUAAAACCUCUAGUAUGACUAACGUCAUCAGAGGCUGCUUAGCUGUAUUUUGAAUGUGAUGUCCGGAGUUCUUUCAAUUGUCAGUGCGCCACACCAGGGAUGAUGCAUAGCCUACAAUAAUAUAAUUCAAGCAUAACAUCACGAUUGCUUUUCGUACCUCUCUGCUAGCGGUCAAGCGACAUACCAGUCUUUGUUACAAAUUUUCUAAUAAAUUCAUAUUUUUUUUA